UUCUCGCCCUCGGCGCUCCGCCGUCAUCUCCGCCAUGCAGUCCCGGGAGGACGCCCCGCGUACCCGCCGCCUCUCCAGCCCCCGCGGCGGGAGGCGGCCCAAGCGGAUCUCCAAGCCCUCGGUGUCGGCGUUCUUCACGGGCCCGGAGGAGUUAAAGGACACGGCGCACUCGGCCGCCCUCCUGGCCCAGCUCAAGUCGUUCUACGAUGCUCGGCUGCUGUGCGACGUGACCAUCGAGGUGGUGACGCCCGGCAGCGGGCCUGGCACAGGCCGCCUGUUCAACUGCAACCGCAACGUGCUGGCCGCGGCGUGCCCCUACUUCAAGAGCAUGUUCACGGGCGGCAUGUACGAGAGCCAGCAGGCCAACGUGACGAUGCACGACGUGGACGCCGAGUCCUUCGAGGUACUGGUGGACUACUGCUACACUGGCCGCGUGUCGCUGAGCGAGGCCAACGUGCAGCGCCUGUACGCGGCGUCCGACAUGCUGCAGCUGGAGUAUGUGCGCGAAGCCUGUGCCUCGUUCCUGGCGCGCCGCCUGGACCUGAGCAACUGCACUGCCAUCCUCAAGUUCGCCGACGCCUUCGACCAUCACCAGCUGCGGUCGCAGGCCCAGGCCUUCAUCGCGCACAACUUCAAGCAGCUCAGCAGGAUGGGUUCCAUUCGCGAGGAGAGCCUGGCCGACCUGACCCUGGCCCAGCUGCUGGCCGUGCUGCGCCUGGACAGCCUGGAUGUGGAGAGCGAGAAGACGGUGUGCCACGUGGCACUGCAGUGGCUGGAGGCGGCGCCCAAAGAGCGGGGCCCUAGCGCGGCCGAAGUCCUCAAGUGUGUCCGCUGGGCACACUUUGGGGCCGAAGAUCAGGACUAUCUGGUGGGGCUGCUGACCAAGCCCAUCGUGAAGAAGUACUGCCUGGACGUCAUCGAUGGGGCCGUUCUGCAGCUGCGGUAUGGGGACAGGUUGUACAAGUCUGUGGUGUCUAAGCCAAAUAGCAACAGUAGCAACAGCAGCAGCUGCAGUAGCAGCGGAGGCAACGGCAGUAGCUCUGUUGUAUCUGUAGCAGAAAAUCCGCCCCAGAGGCUGGGCAUGUGUGCCAAAGAGAUGGUAAUCUUCUUUGGACACCCUAGAGAUCCCUUUCUCUGCUAUGACCCAUACUCGGGAGACAUUUACACAAUGCCCUCACCUUUGACCAGCUUGGCUCACACCAAGACCAUCACCUCCUCAGCUGUCUGUGUCUCUCCAGACCAGGACAUCUAUCUUGCUGCGCAGCCCAGGAAAGACCUUUGGGUGUAUAAACCAGCCCAAAAUAGUUGGCACCAACUGGCAGAUCGCUUGCUGUGUCGGGAGGGCAUGGAUGUGGCGUACCUGAAUGGCCACAUUUACAUUCUGGGUGGGCGAGACCCUGUCACUGGUGUUAAAUUGAAGGAAGUGGAAUGCUACAGUGUUCAGAGGAACCAGUGGGCGUUGGUGGCUCCCGUACCGCAUUCUUUUUAUUCCUUUGAACUAAUAGUGGUUCAGAACUAUCUUUAUGCUGUCAACAGUAAGCGCAUGCUCUGCUAUGACCCUGGCCAUAAUAUGUGGCUGAACUGUGCGUCCCUUAAACGAAGUGACUUUCAGGAAGCCUGUGUCUUCAAAGAUGAAAUCUACUGUAUCUGUGACAUCCCAGUCAUGAAGGUCUACAACCCAGCUAGAGGAGAAUGGAGACGGAUUAGUAAUAUUCCUUUGGACUCGGAAACUCACAACUACCAGAUUGUCAAUCAUGACCAAAAGCUACUGCUCAUCACUUCUACCACUCCACAGUGGAAAAAGAACCGUGUGACAGUCUAUGAAUACGACACUAGGGAAGACCAGUGGAUUAAUAUCGGUACUAUGUUAGGGCUUUUGCAGUUUGACUCUGGCUUUAUUUGCCUGUGUGCUCGAGUUUAUCCUUCCUGCCUUGAACCUGGUCAGAGUUUCAUCACUGAGGAAGAUGAUGCAAGGAGUGAGUCUAGUACUGAAUGGGACUUAGAUGGGUUCAGUGAACUGGACUCUGAGUCAGGAAGUUCAAGUUCUUUUUCUGAUGAUGAAGUGUGGGUGCAGGUUGCACCCCAGCGAAGUGCACCAGAUCAGUAGAGUUCUUUGUAAAUAUUUUGAAACAGUAACCUGUUGCCACUGUUACAUGGAAUGUAUCUUAAAAUGAUACCCUUUUUCCUGAAAGAAAAAAAAUGAUUAGGACUGGAGAUUCAGCUUAGGAAGGGGUAGUGAUUUUAAGUAUUAAUUCAAUGCACAAAAUUUAUACAAACCCUAAAAUCAACUUAUUUAAAUAAUUUACUGUGUUAAAAGUCCAUGAUUAAAAUAUGCAUAGGUGAAUUAAAUUGAUUAGGGAUUUUGGUGGAUUUUGUUGUUGCUGUUAAUUAGUAUGUUUAUAUUUUGAUUUUCCUAACUUAGUUUUAUAUUGUGUUAUUUUGUUUCAUGCCACGAAUAAUUUAACUUGUAAUUUGUUAAUAGAAAAACUACUGGAAAUUGUUGAGUUUUUGAAGCUGUUAACAUUUUCCUUUAGAAUAAUGAAAGUAGACUACAUUUUUGAGUCAGGUUUUAGUAUCCUAAGUUAUAGUUAAAAUUUAGUAUGCUUUCUUUCUGCAAGGAAAACUGUUACUGUGGUUACUAAAUAGUGAUUUCAUUUUGAUUAUGUGCUCUGUAUACUUACAAGGUAACUUUAAAAAAUCAGGAUUCCAGCGGGCGUGGUGGCACACACCUGUAAUUCCAGGUCUUGGGAGGCAGAGGUAGGCAGAUCCCUGUGAGUUCAAGGCCAGC